AUGGCCAGCGGACGAGGUUGGUUAGACCGGGGGCAGGCCAUCACUGCUCGCUGGGAGUUUCCGCGCGAGGCCCGGCGAGUCGAGCGCGUCGUCCGUCCGUUUGUGGCAGCGGCCAAGGCACCGACGCGGACCAGCGCGGCCCGGCUCGGGGAGAUCUGCCCUGGACGCGGCACACUCGAAUCUCCCCCGCCCCGGAAUGGCAGCCGAGCGCACUGGCCAAUCUCGUCCGAGAUCGCCCCCGAUCUGGCCCCUUGCGACGCCCUUCCUCGUCAUGUCGACGCCCGAGCUUCGCGGGUCCGCGAACCAGCUCGUCUCCGGGCCCGGGCCCUCGUCUCCGGGCCCUCGUCUCUAUUGUUCGCGUCGCUCGCCCUUCGAGAAGCCGGUGCCUCCCCGAAGAACGCCUCGUCUCCAAUCGACGCUAUCAGCUAA